AUGCGCGUCUCUGUGCUUGCCCGCCCCGUCCGCCUCAUCCGCCCCGUUCCCACCCUCACACGCGGUAUCAAGAUCCGCUCAAAGGGCCCGGUGGACAAGGUCGACUCGCCACCCCUCCCGUUCGCAUCCGACAAGGCUGUGCCGCCCAAGGCUGACAAGGACCUCGGGGCCUACUCGUCGUCCACGAUUGCGAAUGAGCAAGGCGACUAUGUGAACCACUUGAAGGAUGCGCCCGACGUCAACAAGGAGGCGAGGGAGGCCGACGCGGCCGCGCUGAAGAAGGAGAAGAAGUAG